AUGGAGGAUUUGGCGGUCGAGGUGUGCGGCAAGAAUGGCGUCUAUUACAAGGUAACCGGGGAACACUUAUAAAAGAGUAAAAGAAUUAUUUGAGAACUUAUCAAAAAUUUACUUUCCAGGGCUACGUGAGGAAUAUACACCAAGAUCAAGUCACUGUUUCCCUGGAGCACGAGUACGUAUAAGCUACGGACAGCUAUUAGGUGUCCGCGCGCGAGAUUCAGUCGUGUCCUUUUUUUUUGACAAGAUCUUCGCUAACAGAUCUUUCAUAUUUUGUUCUCAUACAGUCCGUAUAACUGGAAGAGAGUUUCUUAUGAAGAAGUGCGUUUACCUUCCAAGAGCAACCAAAAAUGCGAUUUGUACGUGGACGAUGAAGUAGAGGUACGCUAAGUGGAUAAUAGACCUGUUUACGUCUCUCCGUCCCAUGUGAUCGAAAAGCAAAAGGUCAAAUUCAAAUGCAUUGACGUAGAAAAUCCCAUUCUCGAUUGUUUUUAUUCAUGAUGCAUAUUUUAAGGUACGGUUUGAAGAGUAAAAAAUUUCGAUCUGGCACUAAAGUAGAAAUAUUUUUCCUAUUUUAUUCGGAAUUCUCUUGUUUAAACCCGUGGAUUGUGCAACAACUUGUAUUUCGCCUUGCUAUAAUUUAUAGUGUGUUUACAAUGACUUACCCACGUGCCCCUUUAGCAUUUGAGAGUAACCCAGUUGCAUUUUCGUAUUAUUUGUUAGCUUAUUUAAGUGCAAACGGUAACAACAGAAAUUUCAAGUAAUCCAGAUUUCUUGUAAUAAUGUUGUUGAUAAUGAUUAGUGAUUAUCACAUAGAGCGAGAAAAUAUGGUGUUGAAUUUCAGUCAUGGCUUCUCGCCGCCAGGUUUUCGAUCACCCUCUGAUAAAGUGGAUUAGGCUUGUUGUAUUUCCAAAGAGAAGAUUUAAGGGUAUAGACGUGUACCUGCAAGGGUUGUGUUUACUGCUUGUUGCAGGAGAAAGGGAGAUUAUAAACAUUCAAUUGUAAUGGGAAGGAAAAGAUGGAAGAGAUGGGAUGGAAGGGGUGCUGGAGUGGAGAGGGAUGGUGGAUGGUUGGGAACCAAGUCGAGUUACUGUUCUGCCCUGUUAUUUUCUCCUUUCCACUUAAUUACUUCCAGUGGUCCACAGCUAUUUUGAAAGUCAUACUUUAAACUGAACUUCUGUCUUGGAAAAAGUAGAUAUUUUCUUUGAAGGAAUAGACGUCUAUGCAAUGCCUGGGGAGGAGCGAGUCUCGCAGCCAAAAUAAUUGAAAGAAAUUUAUGAAGCUUAAUUUGGAAUUUACUGAGGGGUGGAGUAGUGGGGAGCUCUUAGAAAAGGUUUCUUCCUUUAGGGGUGGAGUAGUGGGGAGCUGUUAGAAAAGUUUUCUUCCUUCAGGGGUGGUACAGUUAUUUUCUGGAAUCAUGCAUUACUUGGAUCAAGUAACCCCUUUUAAGCUUAUUAUCAGCUUUACAUAUUGUGAUGCUUUUGUAAUUUUUCCCACAAAGCUCCUGUUGUGUAAAUGAGUGGAAAUAUUUAUCUGUAAUAUGUAUUGGUCUUUGAAAUAAUUGAUAUGACAUAUGUACAUGAUGGGAGCUUUUUCCUAAUGGCUGAAGAUGAAGAUGAAUAUCCUUUCCCAAAAAAUUUCGUGAAAUGAAUUCACUAUUAUUUUAAUCAAUCUUUUGAUUCUAUUGUUCUAGGUUUUCACAAGAGAUGUUGAUGGUGAGCCUUGUGGUUGGUGGCAGGCAAGAAUUGUUCAUAAAAAAGGAGAGGUACUUAUUUUUUUCAUUUAUUAUACAUGUAUGUACAGUCUGCUCUUGCCUUGCAGACAUUUUGCUUUAACACACUCCUCACUAAUAUAUUAUGUGGCAGCCAAAUCUCCAGCAGAAAUAUUAGUGAGUUUAUGCAACAGGAGGGUUGGCGGAGAGAAGAGGUUGGCAAAAUGCUCGUGUGUGAUAAAUGUGACAUAAGGCUUUUAGUUGCAUGUUGUGCUCUGAUCCUUGCUACAUAUUUCUGUGUUCUGGUCAUUUACAAAAAGGUCUGUUUAAAGGAAGGUAAAGUUUGGUGGAAAGUUCUUUCAAACAGAAUUAUUUUCAUGCUUUCACACACGUUUUGCCAUCUUCUUUCUCCAGACGCCUCUCCUGUUUCAUGAGUUCAGUAAUAUUAUAGACAUGAUAGCAACAAUGGACUACGUUGGACUAGUUUUGGAGUCUUCUUGUGAGAUAAACAUCUUUGGUUACAUAAAAGCCCAAGCAUUUUCAACUUCGGACUCUUGUUUUUUUUUUAAACUGGGAAUCAUUGGUUCUGGACUGGGACUCAUUGAUUUUUCACAAGAUUAGUCCCAGGACUCACCAUAACUGUUUGUAACAAAAUCACUGCCACUUGUGCUACCCGUAGAAAGUCACUUAUUUAAGUCCACCUAUUACUAACGAUAAACAAAAUAAAUGCUUGUAUGACCAACAGCCUAUGGAACUUUGUUUUAGGUUACACCUUCCUGCAGAGUUCAGAUUGUACAUAAUUAGUGAAGGAAAUAUAUUUGUGCUAUGUUCUCUAGUUUUGUGUGCCUGUCUAAGAAAUGAAGCCAAUUAUUUUUUUAUUAAACAAUGGCCAGUAAUGCACAUUUGGGAUCAAACAUAAACCUCUUUCAACAUUGUUUUGUAUCAGUCACACCAGCUCUUACAAAGGACAGCCACCUGCUUAUGUAAUGAAUUUUUCGUAAAGGUGUUGUUUCUUGAAGUAAGUGUUGAAAAAGGCCAGCUGAAGAUACUGAGGUGACCAAGAGUUUUGUUUUGAGCUUACUGUGUGCUGAAACAGCUGUCUGGUUCAUUGGGCUGAAUGCAAUUACAUAGCAAUGUUUGACUCAAGAUUUUGCAGUAAAAAUUAUUGUUUUUAAACAUAAUGGCCACUUCUUUUUCUUUGGGUGGUAGUUUUCUUUUCUGGGUAGGCUACAUUUUUCUAUCUACACAUGCAAAGCAUUCCCUCCCCCACCCCCCCCCCAAAAAACAAAAAAAAAAAAAAAAAAAAUUUUAUAUAUAUUUUUUUUUUUUUUUUUUUUUUUUUUUUUUUAUUUUUUUUUUUUUUUUUUUUUUUUUUUUUUUUUUUUUUUUUUUUUUUUUUUUUUUUUUUUCUUUUUUUUUUUUUUUUUUUUUUUUUUUUUUUUUUUUUUUUUUUUUUUUUGUUUUUUUUUUUUUUUUUUUAAUUUAUUUGUAUAAGCAAUGUUUGACUCAAGAUUUUUAAGUAAAAAUUAUUGUUUUUAAAUAUUAUUGUCAGUUUUUUUUUUUUGGGUGUUAUUUUUUUUUUUUGUGUAAGUUAUAUUUUUUUAUCAAACAAUUCAAAACAUUACCCCCCCCCCCCCCCCCCCAAAAAAAAAAAAAAAAAAAAAAACCUUAUGUGAAAAGAGCAAUUCUUCUUGUUUCAUUCCUAUCAGAUUUAUUUGAUUAUCUGAUUAUCUUUUUUUGUGUCAAUUUUGAUAUUGAGUUUUCUUCGUGGCAAAGUGGUUUAAAUUGUUUUGUUCCAAAUAAAAUAUUUUUACCCCCUCGGUAAACUCGUGCCUUUUGUGGUACAUGUAACUGCUGUUCUCAUGUUUGCGCAUUUUCUCUUGUUUUAGUUUUAUGUGAUACAGUAUACUGGAUGGGAUGCCACAUUUAAUGAGAUUGUACCCAGAGAGAGAAUUCGUCCCUGUAGCUGCAAGUAAGCAGAUGACAGUGUUUUAUCGCCUAUAUCAAUGUCCAGUCUGGGAAAGAAAUCCGUAGUGAGGCCCAGACCGCUGGAGUGCAAGAGAACCUUGCAGGACACCACACACUUUUCACAGAGGCUUUUAAUAAAAGAGCCUUUUAAAUAUGAUAAAUUAUCUCUGCUUAAAUAUCCUUAAAAAUGCCUGGUCACCCCUCCAAUUGUUCAGCUGAGAUUCACUCUCCUAAGAACCAUGUGAAAAUACCAGAGUUUAAUGGGAGCUGUCAAAAUUCAGUUCUGUUUAGUUGGUUUAAAUAUUCCUGUUCAGGAUUCUUCUGUUCAUGGGAAUUUUUUUUUGUGUUCUAACAGUGGACCAAUCGCCAAGGAUAUGUACCAGAAAGUGAUGAUUGAUGUUCCACAAGACUUAAGACAACUGUAAGAUCUGUCACUUAUAUCAUUAAUGGUGUUAUGAAAGUAAAAUAACUGUUGAAAUUUAGAAAUAUUAUAACAAACAGUGACAUAGGUCUUUGUAAACUGAAGUAUGUACCCUUGUAGUUGAUUCUGGGGUUGAAGGAUUUAUGACCUCAAAGUUAUUCCCUUUUGUGUUUAGCUGUAAAGAUGAAGCAGUGCACAGAGAGUUCAAGAAACAGACGGGAGCAUCUUGUGUGUAUUAUCAUGAUGAACUAGCUGUCCUUGUUGCAUUGGUGAGCAAUUCAGCAUUCUUGUGGCCUUAGUAUUUAUGAUAUCUGAUCAGCUGUGUAAUUUGAAUAAAGUUACACGUACCUGCAUUUUACAAUGAAUGGAUGAAUACCAGACAUAACUAAUCAAUGAUCAAUGACAUCAAUUGGUAAUCAAUGAGUAAUCGAUGAGUGAUCAGUUGAUUAGUCAUUGAUUAUUGGUGAUGAUCAAUGAGUAAUUGAUGAGUAAUCGAAGCCCAAAGGUCUAUUGAUUACUAUAAGAUUGAAAAGGGUACUGUGUAAUCUUUUGCAGUCUCGCUCUGAACGUCCUGUGAAAUGUGCAGCCAUGUUAAGCGAAAUCCAUUUUAGAAGUCUCAGAACAAAGAUGCUCUUGCAGUCCUGGAUUGAUGAGACAGCAAGACAACUACAGGUAUAAAAGCCUUUCCAGUCGGUGUACCUUUGAGGCGGUGCCUUUUAACAUGGUAGAGACCUUCACUCAGCCCAUUCCCGUUUCUGAGACUCAGUUCUGUAAAAAUAGAGUUUAGUCUACAUAACAGUUAGUCAAUCUAGCUUCUAUCAAUGUAUGAUGAUUUUUUUAGUUACUGUGUUUACUACCGUAAAUCCUCUAUUAAGAACCCCCCCCCCCCCCCCCCCCGCUCCUGUACUAAUCACUACCUUCUUAAACAACACAACUUCACUUCAUAUUAGUCAUUUGUACUGUUUCAAAUGUGAAGAAAUUGAUAUGAUGUUACCCCCAUUCCACUCCCGUUUUCUUGAAUCUAUGUUUUAAAAAAUGGUGUUUUGUUACUAAAGAUGUUUUCUAAUGUGUCUUUUUUAUAUGUUUAGUUUUUUUUUUUUUUGCUUUUUUUUCCCCGGAAAAUCCCUUUUAAAACCCCCCCCCCCCCCGGUUGUUGUGCAACUAAAACUCAUUUUCACAAGAAUAUAGCCUUGUUUUGAAAAUGUGAGUUUCUGUAACUUGGAAAUGUCCAAAAGUAGGUUGAGUUUGAUCCUCCGGGUGAAUGUAAUUCCAAAUAGGACUUUAGUUGUUGACAGUGAAUUCACAAGAUAAACAACAAAACCAACGACUGAAGAGAUUGCAACAACCUCUAAACAAGUGAGAGGUUCCAAAAUGGUAUAUCGCAUCCUGUAGCAUCAACUCCAUUUCUCUGCACUUGUACUGUAAUGCACACACAGCGGGCUUGGCUGUUCAGUUAGAAAAUUCCUCAUCAAUGUUAAAAUGGCUCAACCUGCAUGGAAAGUCUUAAGGGCGACAACUUAAGCAUAACCUGUUAAAAUUUACUUUUGUCCCACUCAUUACAGACUGCCAAAAAACAGAUGGGUGUGGUCGACAUGCUGACGUUACCAGAUCAUCUUAUGGGCCUUGCCAUUGGUGCGCAGGGAGCUAACAUUCAACAGGCUAGGCGACUGCCUGGAAUCAUCUCCAUUGAAGUGGAUGAAGAGAACUGCACUUUUCACAUUUGUGGAGAUGUGAGUAUUAUCAACGUUGGCUGUUUUACCCAAGGGCAGUACUUCCAGACGAACGUUCAUCUGCCUGAUCAAUAAUUAUGUGUUCAUCCAUGCAAUAAAUACAAUACUACAUGUGAAAAUGGUGAAUUAAGGGUUGUUGAAUUAAUUUAUUCCGUCUUUCAGGGUGAAGAAAGUGUAAAAGAAGCGAGAAGACUGUUAGAAUUUGCGGAGGAAACUGUUUACGUGUCUAGACCGCUUGUAGGUGAGUCUAACUAAAAGCAAACAGUCAGAGAAGUGGGAUGCAAAGUUAACGUGUGCAGGACAAAAUUUCAAAACUGGAUUAGACGAUCUCAAAUUUUAUAUUGUUAUUCAACGAAAAGUUACUCUUGACUAUGAAAAAAUUACUCUCAAAGAGUUUUCAUUUGAAUGGUCACACUUGAGGAUUUCAUCCACAGAGUCAAACGUUAGAACUAUCUUCUACAGCAUAAUAAACAGUACCAAAGGAAAGUACUGCUCAGUAGCUUUCAUUUGAAUGGUCACACUUUAGGAACUGUAACAUGCUUAGGAAUAACAGGAAAUGGCAUUGUUUCUUCCACUAGGAAAAGUUAUCGGAAAGAGUGGUCGUAUAAUCCAAGACAUAGUAGAUCGUUCAGGCGUCACCCGUGUCAAGAUUGAACCUCCCGAAGAAAGAUCGACCGCUGACGAGAAAUCUUCAAAGGUCAGCCUACGUUUUCAUUUUCGUUCGUUUUCUUGCUCAGCGAAAAGUGAAGUACCUUUCAGACAAUGGAAGAAUUGAAAUAAAACUUACACAAGUUGAUGUUUCUUUCCCUGUAUACUUGGGUAAUAUAAGCCAAGGCUUGUAAAAGUAUGGGAAAUUGCAGAAAGAAUCUCAAAUAUGCGGAUGAAACGCGAAAGAAUACUACACCGAAGGUUCACCAGCCAUUCACAACGUGUGAGAACUGCUGUGUGAUUUGCUGGUUUUGAAGAUGAUUUUGCUAAUAAACGUUUAUAUACUAGAACGGGCGCGAGUCUUAUCUUUUUUGUUCUUGUUUUUAGAAAGAAGUGUCUUUCCUAUUUGUUGGAACAAAGGAGUGUAUCGCCAAUGCCCGAAUGAUGUUAGAUUACCAUCUAGCUCAUCUUAGGGUAAAUACCAUUUUUACUGUUCACUGUCAAGAGAGCGAAAAUCCCAUGUCCAUUUUUUGUAAGAUUUGUUGUGUUAAUUUUUUUUUCACGCAGGAUGUAGAGGUAAUGAAAAAGGACAAGGAAAGUCUGGACCAGCAGCUUCGUAGCAUGGGAAUCAACCCGCCCCAGGGACCCUCUUACUUACCCACUCCGGCGGAGAUGCGGCCUGGGCCUAGCCUUUCAUUCAUUGGCCAGGACAAGGACAAUAUGUUGAGUGUGCGAGACAGGUCGCUGACCACGGAGAGUUACGCGGGCGACUUGAGCGAGGGGAUGUUUGUCAGCACCAAGGAUGGACCGAAGACGAAACCGAGCAUACGAAUACGAUCGAGCAGUGAAUCAGAAGUUCCCGAGAACAAAGCGAAUUCACAGCAGUCUACAAGGACUAGUUUGGUAAGCGUUUCAGAGACAUUUGCUCUACAAACAUGAAGAGUUAUUAAAAAGAUCGUGUGUGCGAUGUGCAUGAAACUGGUUUUUAAGUCAUUUUCUGUCCUCUUUUAACAAAAGAAUUGAAAUUGAGACGUUAUUUCCGUUAUAGCCAGGAUUAAAUUUUGCAAAACAAAAACUCUGCAUGUGCAUCACGCUUUUUGUACAUUUCUUUGCCGUUACUGAACGACUACGACGUGAAAAUAUCAAAUUUCACGUUUUGUGGAUGAGGACACAAAACAGCGACUUUCUUUUUCUUUUCCUGAAUUUCGAUACACUCUUUUAGAAUUCAACUCCAGAAAAGAAAUUGUCACCAUUUGACGAAUUGAACGGGGCGUUGUCGUAGCCGUUGUGGUCUUUAUUGCUUAAGCUCCCAAAUAUGACACAACAAGUGGUCUCUUUGACCUUUUCUUUGUCUAUUGCCUCAACAGAACACUGGGAAUAGACGAGCAUCUACGCCGACUUCAGAACUAAAAGGUAUCCGGGAGGAAUCUGAGGAGAGCGAGCAAGGCAAGAGUAAGCGUGUCACGAGUGGGAAUGCCCAAAACGACAAAGAAGAAGUCAUAACAUGUAAGAGUGUUAGAAAUAAAACAGGAGGCGUAGAAGCCAGUAAAUAUCCAUCGUGCAGGUCCGAAAUCUACGACUUUCUUGUUCUCCAGUUUUUGACCAUAAGCAUACGUUUUGUCCCAAGAGAAAGUGAAACUGCUUAUGCAAAAUUGUGGGGAAAAAAAUUGGAGAAUGUGAAAAGUCGCCAAUACGUACGUUUUUUGGUAUAGCCGGAUGAAGCGUAGAUUGGUUUGUUUCCCAUUGCUUCGCUAUAUGACUGAUUAAGAAAUCUCGCGCAAAUCUUUCGGCCAAUCAGAAGUAACUCCAAAAUAAAUCAUGACUCGGUCGCCGACGUUUUCCCGCGCCUUUGCCGGCCGCAAGUUUUGGCAUCGAGUUUUGAUUGGUUUGUUGUGUUGUGGAUCUGUUGUGAUUGGCUACAGUUGUAAGACUUGGUUUUAGUAUUACGGCCGUUGGUUAAAGAUCGACUUUUAUGGUUUGUUUGCUUUUUUUUUACCAGCCUCUUCCCCGCCAAGAGACUCUAGGGCAAAGAAAACGUCCCCGUGGCUUGGAAACCGUAGAACAGACAGCGAAGGGAAGGACGAGAAGAAGAACCAAGAAAACCGCAAAAACAGCGAGCACAACGACUCAAGAGUAAGUCAUGGUAACGGUAAUAAACAGCACAGUAAACAGGAACAGAGGCAGCGUUCUGGGAGUAAAAAUCAACAGCAAAAGCAACAAACUCAACCCGGUAACAGGCCCCGAGGAAACAGUAACAACCAGUUACGGCCGAGCAGCGGGAGCCUGUCAGCGAACUGGAGAGAGCGAUCCCAGGCCCAAUCCGAGGCGACGACGAAAGACAACGAAAAAAGCGCGGAAGAGGUGUCAAGAGAAGUGGAUGGGAAGGAAGAAAGGAAAGAAGAGAAAGGUAGAGUGAAUGGAGGAGUUUCGAAGAGUAAAGAUGAGAAACCGAGUGAACCUGCGGCCGAUGAAAAGCCUCCUGAAGCGAAUACGGUUAAAAACAAGACUGUAGAAUCCAAAGACGAGGAGCAGACAGCUUAG